AUGACGCUCUCGCGGAUCGUCGCGACUGUGGCGCUGCUCGGCGCCGUCGCCGACGCCUGUCUCGCCACUCAGCCUGGCGACACAGUAACUACUACUCCCAGUGGCGCCGUUACCACGGUUUCCACUGCUACCACUGCAGCUCCUCAAGGUCAGAUCCAUUUAUUACGUUUGAAUUUACUUCUGAAGUAAUCUUUUUUUUCUUUCACAAAGCACUACAUUCAAAACUUUUCUACACAAUUUCUCAUUUUGAGGUAGCCACAAGAGAUCGAAACUUUUAAAUCUAGGACCUUUUUGAAACCGUUCUCAAAUCUUUAUUUUUAGCUCAAUGUGCAUCUCUUGAAGUUGUUAAAAAUGAAAAUGAAUUUAUCAUUCUUGUACCUUAUGUGAUUUUUGUGAGAAGCAUCUUGAAAUUGUUUUUUACAAGAGCUUUUACGACUAGAAAAGAUAAAAUAAAGCUGAGAAAGUAAAAAGAAUUUUCGCAAUGACAACUGCGGAUUUCUAAUAUUACUCUCUUGGACCGGUAGCACAAGCUAAACACGCCUUGGACGUUUCUGAGCAUUCCUAGUGAUCCCUUUAGCGACGUCAGCUCUCCUAAGUGCUUUGCCAAUUUCCUUCAAUUUUUCUCUCUUCCAUUGGGAGUUCGACUUUUUAAAGAAUGAAAAUUCCAGUUUUAUAACGUUUCGUAUUUGCGAGGUUCAAUUAAUCUCUAAUUGAGAGCAAGUGACUACAGAGAUAUAUUAAUUGUGUUGACCACGUUUAAGUAAAAUUUAAAUUGAUAUAUUCCUUUGAGGGUGAUUUCCGUCCAUGUUUUUUGGAAAAAACUUGUUGAAUUGAGUUCAAUUUUUUCAAUUUUUUGUGGAAUCAAAAUAGCAGAUAAAUACUGAAUACCUGAAACAAUUAUACUUUUAACGCUGUAAAGUUCGAACUCAAUCUCCAGGUUGUCAAGCGUGUGCACAGGGAGACGUCGAAUUCACGCAAGGCGACGGCGGCAUCAAUAUCAACACGAUGGGAACGUUGGUGGAAGGCUUUCGAGCCGAGUCUGACUCUUUGUCUGCAGGUUCGGAAGCGACCCGACCUCCGGAUGCCUCAGUCUGACCGCGAGUUGCACCGCCGACGUAGGUUUCAACGCCUUCAUGCAGUUCAACGGAAACCAAGGAGGUCCAGCCGAGAACAUGAACGCCGGCAGGGUAUGAUUCCUACUUCAUCGAGGCUUCUUUUUCGAGCAACAAGAAAUUUUCCCGGGUUCAAAAAGUUUGAAAUAGUAUCUCUUUUGGUGAAAGAAAAUUUUUGAAGUUUUUUUUAAGAAGGCGAAAUAUUUUUCAUGGACUUGAAAACAAAAAGUUACUUCGUGAAACUCCAAGCAUCAAAAAUUCUCCCUCCGAGUACGUAAUCCGAAACUGAGCUUACUGGGAGAUUUUCUAAGGCAAACAUCGCAAAUCUGGUUCAAAAUUGGCAAUCACUUAGGAACGCCAGUGAUUCCUAUAGAGUUAGAAGAAAAAAUAGCCUCUAUAGGGAAAAAUUUGUUGAUUUCUUUGAAGUAAAGUAUAUCUUGAUACAUGAUGAAACACAAAAAAACAAGAAAUUACAAAAUGUUUGGAGCAUUUCUUCGAGUUUUUCCUAAAGGGUCUUCUAUUUCUUUUCAGAUUUGGAAGAUAAAAAAGACAAACUUGAUCGAUUCAUCCAUUGUUGAUAUUUUUCAUUCAAAAAAGCUAAUUUAUAGAAUUUUUCGCAUUUUCUUCUCGUUGAGUUUAUAAAAAUAGCCGACUAGAAUGUCCCCUAUAGAGGUCACUUUUGCAAGAAUCAAAAAACAUCAAAAAAUUAAGAGCUAUAGCCUAUGGGGUACCGAAAAAAAAGGUCAAAAUGUACGAGAAUUGCUCAAAAACUGUUUUCUAACUAAAUUAUUUAAGAAAAUAUUUUUCUCGUCUUGCUUAUGAUAGGAUAUCAUCUAAAGAAGGCAGAUUCGAAAGUGUGAAGAAAAACUCCGUGAAAACGUUUCCUACAAAUUCUCGCCUUUUUUCACAAUACCCUAUGGCACUUAUUGGAUCAUUCUUUUUAUUUUCGAGUAUUCAUUCCAAGAACUUCCUACCACAGGAAAUUGAAACAGAUUUGCGAUGUUCGCCUCAGACAGUGUCCUAGUCAAGUAAAUCUGCGGACUCUUGGUGUUUGAGAUGAAGAUCGGAUUCAGACUGUGAGCGCGCAGCUGAACUGCAUCGACGGGCAGUGGGUCUACAUGAGCAUGGGCAUCUCCCGAUUCGUCACGUCCGUCUCCUGCCAACAGGCUCCCGAUGUAUGAGCUCUGCCGUCGACCCUCUGGCGUCGUCGCCGCUCCGAGCGGUGUCAAGUUUAUCCAGUUUUCCCCCACCUUAAAAGAAUUUUUCCGAGUAACUCCUCGAUAAUUCUAUUAUUGUGGUCUCCUAUCCAUACUUUUUCCAAGAGAUCGAUUCCAUUGUCGAUUUAUCAACGGCUUGAUUGGUUUUUACACUUCAUCGACCGUUUCGAGUGCUUAUUUUGAAUACCUGUCUGACCAGGUGACUGAGGUGCAAAAUCAGCUUCUGAAAAAUUUAUUGAAGCGCAAGUUUUGAUUAAUACAAUGCAAUUAAUAAGAACGGUUGAUCUUUUUUUUUUGUUCUCCAUUUUAUCCUUUUAAUAUUUUUUCCUUUAAAAUUCGACUUUAAAAUUUCGGCUCUCAAGGUUUAUUCUAUCAUUUUUACGAUUUUCUGAAAAUCUUGACAAACCAAGCAUUUUUCUCGUUUUCAUAUACACGUUCAUCUUGAUAUUUGAUCGGAGUUGUGUAAAAUUUAAUUGAACCUUCAAUUGAAACUCGUCUUUUUCCGAUACAUUGGUCCACAUUUGGGUUGUGCGCCUCUGUCAAAAUAUCAUCUAUUUUGAAAUCUUGUAACAAACAUUCAUUUUGAAAUAUUGAUCUUUGAAGAAAACUCGCAGAAAUUCAAAAUUGUACAAGAAAAGUCUUUCAUGCAAUAUAUCAGUCGACGGUGCUCUCUUUUUUGUAUUUUUUUAUCGUUUUUCAGCGGUAAUAAAAGAUUUUUUUCUUACGAAGGUCUAAAUUUGAUUUCAAUUGGGCAAAAAAGUCAGUAUGUAGAAAUUUUAUGGCCUGAGAAUUUUUGAAGAAAAAACGGAAAAAGUUCAAAAACAGUUCUGCCCAUUGAUGCAGCUUCUCUUGGACUGUUCUUUGAAUUUUCCUUUGUGAUUUCGCUUCCCUUCGUAGCUUUAUCAGAGCGUGGAUUGAUCAUGUGGGGAAAGAGCGAGUCGUCAGAGUUGCCAACGGAACAUCAACACCACUCGGGACGUCUUCUCUGUUGGAAUCGUCACAAAAAGCAUCAGAAAAGCAAACAAGUACGAAAAAGAGACGUUUUCUGGCCACAGGAGUGUCCAAAAGACGUUUUUUGAUGGGCCAAAUUCGCCAAACGGACAGGGGGACCUGUGUAACCACUUCGUCGUUUUUCUGCCUCUUUUCUAAGUUUUGAAAUUCCACUUUCCUUUUUUGGCGUUGUUCAUUUGAAGCAUGACUAACACGAACAAGCUGGUCAGUGUCCAUUUUUCCGAUUUUUUGGUGACGCAUCUCGAUAAAAUUUUAAUUGUGCGAUUGACAAAUAGCUCACUGUUCAUCACAGUAAUAAUAAUUCUCAGUUAAAACUGAAAAAAACACUGAUAAGUCAUUGGAACUAAUAUCCUUCAGAUCUAAUUAUGUUCUAUAAAAAGUAUGUAUGUAUAAAAAUGUCAAAAAAAAAGAAAUGUUCUGCAAAAUCGUCAGUCGGAACAAGAACACGAAGAAAAUUCUUCCACAAUUUAUUUCGUUUUUCGGUCAUUCUCCUUAUCAAUUGACUUUAAAAGUCGCCUUUUUAGAUCACCCUAAUGUCAAAGUUUGGCGAAGUUUUUGAGUCAUUCUUUGAAAUUCUAUCUGACAAAAAUUUGUCCAGAGUUUUCAAAUUCGUCGAAACUCGUUCCGCCCCACGGUUGUCUUUAACAAAAAGGAAAAUGCCUCUAUAAGGGUCACCCGAUCUUUUCAUACCAGUUGAAGGAGGCGUUCUUCGGCUGCCGUCGCCAUGAACGUCUGCGCCACCUUUUUGCUGCUUCUCUCGGUUCUUGCCGUCGACGCCAGGAGGUCUUUUUCUAUUUUGAUUUUUGUGUAAUUGUUCAUUUUUCUUAUUUAUAUGUUAAUUCGCUUCAAAACGCUUGGAUUUUUCACAGAAUGGCUUCAAGGUCUUUGAACUAUAAGUCCAAAGAUGGAGAGACCUGUGCUAGUUCACGUGAAGUAAACGCCACACAAAUCAGUUAUAAUCUGACUUGCAUUUUUCUUUUCACAAAAUCGUAAAAUAGGGAGCAUGAAAAGAGUUCUAGAUGUCUUUGCAGUAAUUCAAGUUAACUUUCCUCUUUGAUUUGUUUUACCAAAUUUUAAGUAGAUACAUUUUAUUAUCAGAUAAGCACCACGAUAAGUAUAAUCGACUAUUUCAAUCCCAUAUAACUUUUGCGUUGUUCGAAAUAUAUAUUUCCCAUUUUUCAGUAAUUUCUAGUUGUAUAGCAAGUUCCAAUUUCAUCUGAAGCGUGUUAAUUACUUCUCCAUUCUUUCUUUAUAAAAAUAUAUGAAACAAAUUUGAACGCUCAACCAUAAAUUAGUUCGAAGAAUCACUUUUCGGUCAUAUCUAGUGUACGAAAAAAAAAGACCUAACACUAAACAAAGGAGAAAAUUGUUGGCGACCGCUCGUCGAUUGGUUUCUCCUACCAAACAAAAAGAAAUAGCGAUCUGUGGCGAUGCUUUUCUCAUUCUCCCGACACUGUUGGAAAACACAAGAAACUUUUCUGUUGCAGGAAACGCCGAUCAGCCUACUUUUCACGGCCUCAGCAGGACAGUUAUGGACCUGGUUCCUAUUGGCAGAGCAACCAGCAGCCGUACGGAGCCGGCUGGCAGAAUGACUGGUAUGGCCAACAGCAACAACAGUACUACCCUGGACGUUACUACCAGCCGCAGUACAGACAGGAAGAGCUGUACGAGACGCAAAGGUCGUCCUACUCCAGGCCUUCUUACUCCAGACCUGAAAUGAUGCCACCAUAUGAAACUCCAAAGUCGUCUUAUUCGAGGCCAGAACCAGUACCUAUUUAUGAAGCUCCGAAGAGUUCCUAUUCAAGACCAGAGCCAGUGAUACAAACUUAUGAACCCCCGAAGCCGUCUUACUCAAGGCCUGAGCCAGUACCAACUUAUGAAGCCCCGAAAAGCUCCUACUCCAGACCUGAACCAGUGGCAGCACCUUACGAAUCUCCUAAGUCGUCAUACUCAAGACCUGAGCCAGUAGCACCUUAUGAAGCUCCCAAACCUUCUUACUCAGGAACUGGAGCGGUUGAAAUCCCCAGGACUCAGCCUCAACCUGAGUAUCCAAGCACACAACUUUCCCCACCUGAGCCUCAACCAGCUCCACCUCCACCAUCGCCAGCCGACGAACAAUUCUCGCAGCUGACAACGCUGCCUUCAGUGAUUCCAGCAGAACCACAAGAAGUGGAUGCGGCGAGGCGUGAACAGGAGAUCUCGCGGAUGGUCCGCGGCAACGGUCCGCCAGGCGUCGACGUCUCUGCCGCACUUCCACCACAGGCCGCCGUUCCAGACAUCCCGCCACCGCCCUCUCGCUAA